AUGCAUCAGAGAAUUAAAUUAGAGGAGACACGCAUGGAUAAGUACUUUCUCAAGCAAGCGGAGCAGGCGGGAGAUGUCAAAGCCUUAGUACUCGCUCCGCACCAGGCCAUCAAACAAAAGCGCAUCACCAGGGACCUGCUGAGACUGGGCCGGGAAGUGGCACGCCUCACCGCAUGUUGCCAUGGCGACGCCCCCACGCGCAAGGUACACGAGCUGGACCACGUGUACUGGCAGCGAUCCGGUAAUAGUAUUGCAGACGCGGACAGUGCGUGUCCUCCACCGUCCAUGUCAUACCAGCCGAUUAUCGAGUGCAGGUUGGUGGAAGUUCGGAACUUGCGGCUGACACUGCGCUGGGAGUGUGCGCUGGAUGACGCGGCUCUGGAGGUUCAGAGAAGCGAAAGUGGGGCUAAACCGGGUAAAAGGGAAAAAAAGGACAAAACCGUUAAGGGGCGGGGUGGAGAAAAGCUCGCCACGGGAGAGAAGGAGCAGAAGGUGGUGAAGUCUGAGUGUGAACCGGCUGUCAGCCAUCUCACACGCGUGCUCGCUGUAUACGGGGCAUGUCUGAAAGCCCUGGCCGCGGUACAAACUAUGUGCAUCGACGGGAAAGUCGGUAUAGGACCGCUCUGGAAGAAACUGAGUGUAGAGCGUGUGCUUGUGCACUACACAGCGCUCGUUGGGAUAGCCGACGCUAAGCCAUGUAAGUAUCCGCUCCUGAGACCCAUGCAUGCAUGUGGUGUAGUGUGUAUAUUGAAGGCAUCUGGCAGUGCGAAUCUAAAUCCGAAGUCCAAGCCUACCGUAGCCAACAAGGUAGCUAAAUCCGAAGUCCAAGCCGAAUCCAAGCCCGGGAUCGUCCCGGAAAAAAACUCGGAUAAGCGUGUCCGUGAACACUGUCUGGAGAUCCUUGCAGAGCUACAGAAAGCCCUGGAGAACGCAGACCGGUGUGGGUGCGUUGGCGAACCCUUAGACAUAGUACGCGAAGAAGCAGCAAGCGCGCGUUGGAAGGGAACGUUCUAUGAAGAGGUAGGUAAAUGUAGAUACUCUCUGUCGAAAGUGUUCUAUGGAGAGGUGGGUAAAUACAGAUACUCUCUGUCGGAAGUGUUCUAUGGAGAGGUGACCCUGGAGGAGAAGAAAGCCAUUUUCCAGGCCAUGCCGGCUGAUGUGGGCUCGGGCGUGAACAGUUUCGGCGGCCAUUGGUACACCUGCAGAAAUGGGCACGCGUACACCAUCGGAGAGUGUGGGGGGGCCAUAGAGACGUCUCGAUGCCCCGAAUGUCACGACGUGGGCGGUAGGUCUCACCAACUGGACGCAAGCAAUCAGGCAGCUUCUAUUUUCCUCCGCGAAGUGCACGGACCCGCCCCGCAAAAUGCCUGGCGGGAGAAUGCUGCGGAUCAUAUACGCUUUGUAGAGGAAUUUUAG